CCUCAACCUUCACCUCGUUCUCUGGCUCAACUGCUCUUACCUAGCCAGAAUGAAGGACAAAAGACAAGGUUAUGAGCGGAUGACCAACAUUGAUGAGAACGAUAAUACAGACACUGCAAAUGACACUGUCUAUAUGAGUCACUUUGGUUCUCGUUGCCUCCAGGUGACAUGCAGCCUCAUUUGCCUGCUCAUGUUUCUCGCGGGAAUUGUGAUGUUAUCGGUCGCACAGGGUUGGAAAUUAUCCGACCUUGAAUGUGCUGCCCAGCUCUCUAUCUGGUCCCCGUUGCUUGAAGCAGUCGAGUAUGAGCAGCGGGAUUGGGUCAGUAUCUUCGCCACGCAGAAUUCAGGGGAUGAGGAGGAUUUGAGGGUAAGAGGGAGAUUCAAGUAUCACCUUCACUGCCUCAAUGUCCUGCGCCAGUAUAUCGGACGCGACGAAUACCCCGAAGGGCUUCUUCCACGCAUCCUGAAGCAGAAUUCCCCGCUGGCAAUUCGGGCACAUGUCGACCACUGCAUUGAGACUCUUCGGCUUGCCCUCAUGUGCAAUGCCGAUGUGACCCCAUACCUCUUGUAUGAGAAAGAGGUCGAGUCGCCGUUACAGGUUCCUGCCCGAGAAGACUUCGAGGCAUUUCAUAAGUGUAAGAAGUUCGAUUCGAUCGUCUUUUGGAUUGGGUUCAUUUGAACGGGGUGGUGAUGCCGUUGCG